CUUCAUGCCAUUAUACUUCUAAAAAAUUUCAAGAUUUGUUUUGUCAUCAUUCGUUUUUGCCGAUAUAUUACAGUUUUGCAGUAAAACAAAAAGAUGUCUUUAAUAAUGAAACCUCAUUAUCCAGACUACUCUUCUGCUCCUGUUCAACAUCAAUUUAGUCCUUACGCAGAUAAUGGAGGGAGUGUUGUUGCUAUAGCUGGGGAUGACUUUGUGGUAAUAGGAGCAGACACCCGUUUAAGUGCUGGCUUUUCCAUUUAUACCAGAAAUCAAAAUAAACUGUUCCCUCUUGCUAAGACGACCGUACUAGGAUGUUCAGGAUGUUGGUGCGACACCUUAACAUUGACACGUAUUUUGAAGUCUCGCAUGCAGAUGUAUCAACAAGAGCAUAACAAAAUCAUGUCAACUACUGCAUGUGCUCAAAUGUUGUCAACGAUGCUUUAUUAUAAAAGAUUUUUCCCGUAUUACAUUUCUAAUGUACUUGUCGGAUUGGAUAACGAAGGAAAAGGAUGUGUAUAUAGCUACGAUCCCAUUGGACAUUGUGAAAAAACUACAUACAGGGCCGGUGGUUCUGCAGGAGCUUUACUUCAGCCUCUUUUAGAUAACCAGAUUGGUCAGAAAAAUAUGGAAAUAGUUUCGAAAGAACCUCUAUCUCGGGAGAAAGCACUUAACAUCUUAAAAGAUGUUUUUAUAUCUGCCGCAGAAAGAGAUAUCUAUACAGGUGACAGUGUAUUUAUUAACGUUAUUACAAAAGAUGGUAUCCAAGAAGAAACCUUUGAAUUAAGGAAGGAUUAAAUAAUUUUAAGCUUUGUAACUCACCAAUAAAGGUUUUAUAAUUA